CUGGCGGGUGCCCGUAGAACCAUGGUGAAGUCACCGGCGCAAGAGAUGUGUAUGGGAAAAGGCAAUCAAUUUUUAGACGCGCUCAUUUCAAAGAAGGAAGAAGAAGAAGAAGAAAAAAAAAAAAAAGAGAAGAUGGUCGAUUACUUCUUCUUCUUUUGAAUCAAUCAAUCAAAUAAGAAUGGACGGAGAUCAAACCAGUAAGUUUAUACCAGAGUACCGUCGUACCAACUUCAAGAACAAGGGCCGUUUCCAGAGCGAUGAAUUAAGAAGAAGAAGAGAAACGCAUCAAGUUGAUUUGAGAAAACAAAAGAGAGAAGAAGUCUUAUCCAAGAGAAGAAACUUUGUUAACGAUGGUAGCGCCGGAGGAGGUAAUGAUAGUGAAGACGAAGAUGCGUUCAAUGCAGGGGGGUUUAUGGCUGACGGGAACAGUGACGAAAUACAAUUCUAUAGUAAAUUACAACAAGAUUUACCAAGAAUGAUUGAACAAAUUCAACAAGGAGAUUUUGAAAAUCAAUUAGCAGCAACGGUUAAGUUUCGUCAGAUAUUAUCCAGAGAACAUAAUCCGCCAAUUGAUAUGGUGAUUAAUUCCGGGGUUAUUCCCAAAUUGAUUGAGUUUAUGAAGGAUGAUCAUCCCGACAUGUUACAAUUGGAAGCUGCUUGGGCGUUGACUAAUAUUGCAUCGGGUAAUUCUGAUCAAACCAAGGUUGUUGUUGAAUCCGGUGCAGUGCCAUUAUUUGUUAAUUUAUUAAACUCGCAAUCGUUGGAAGUCAAAGAACAAGCCAUUUGGGCUUUGGGUAACGUUGCUGGUGAUUCUGCUGAUUUUAGAGAUUUUGUACUUGGAUGUAAUGCCAUGGAUCCCGUAUUGAGUUUAUUCAACACCACCAAGAUGUCGUUGGUCAGAACUGCCACCUGGACUUUAUCAAAUUUGUGUAGAGGUAAAAAUCCUCAACCAGACUGGUCAAUUGUUCAACAAGCCAUCCCCACUUUAGCUAAAUUGAUUUAUAGUGUUGAUGCAGAAACUUUGGUUGAUGCUUGUUGGGCGGUUUCAUAUUUAAGUGAUGGUACCACCGAAGCCAUUCAAGCGGUGAUUGAUGCAAGAAUCCCCCAUCGUUUAGUUGAAUUAUUAAGUCACGAAUCAACCUUAGUUCAAACUCCGGCAUUGAGAGCAAUUGGUAAUAUAGUUACUGGUAAUGACGUUCAAACCCAGAUUGUUAUUAACGCAGGGGUAUUAAGUGCAUUGGGUCCGUUAUUAAAUAGUCCAAAAGAAACCAUUCGUAAAGAAGCUUGUUGGACUAUAUCCAAUAUCACUGCUGGGAAUUGUGAGCAAAUCCAAGCGGUUAUUGAAGCCAAUUUAAUUCCUCCAAUCAUUAGGUUAUUAACCAAGGGGGAUUAUAGAACUAAAAAGGAAGCUUGUUGGGCUAUAUCAAAUGCCUCAAGUGGUGGAUUAACCAGACCAGAACAAAUUAAAUAUUUGGUUAAUCAAGGAUGUAUUAAACCGUUAUGUGAUUUAUUAGCCGUGGCCGAUACUAAAAUCAUCGAGGUCACCUUGGAUUCUUUAGAUAAUAUCUUGAAAAUGGGUGAAAUGGAAAAGGAAGCCAAGGGUCAACCAGUCAAUGAAAAUACCUUAUACAUAGAAGAAGCCGGUGGUAUGGAAAAAAUCUUCGAAUGUCAAGCAAAUGAAAAUGAAAAAAUUUAUGAAAAAGCUUAUAGCAUCAUUGAAAAAUACUUCUCCGAUGAUGACGAUCAAAUUGAUGAUAACGACGUCAAUCCUCAAGCUUACGGGGAUCAAUUUGGUUUUGGCGUUGACCCAAACCAACAGCAAAAUUUCAAUUUUGACUCCGGUUACAUGUAAUCUUUCCUCUUUGUAUUUUCUUCUUCUUAUAUUAUUAUGAUUUUUUAUUUAGUAUUACUAUCUCUGCAUCUCUACUUCUAGUCAUCUCUAUAAUACAACCCUCUAUCAUUCAAUAAACAUUCUCUAUUGCA